GGCUUACGUAAUUUUCCCUUUCUCUCAAAAACCCCGUCACAGAAUUUAAAAUGCCCAAGAGCAAGCCGAUGAUUCCAUUUUCUGGGGGGAAAAUGGAGCGCAAAGAUAAUCAAUCUCCUCAAGGUGAAAUUGCUGGGAUUUUGGUUGAAUUCUUAGAGGUAGCUAUCACUUCAGUUGUUUCCCUCAAAGGAAUUUAUCCUCCCGGUGCUUUCGAGAGGAGGAAGUAUAUGAAUGUUGUCGUACAGAGGGCACGACAUCCUCAGCUAAGAGAAUACAUCCAUUCCGCUGUUUCAGGACUUCUUCCUUUUGUCCAAAAGGGUUUGGUGGAGAGAGUUGCUGUUAUUUUUUACAACACGGACAACAUUCCCAUCGAGAGGUUUGUUUUCAAACUAACAGUUAAUCAAUCUUUCGGCUCACAUGUGGAAGAAAGCGAUCUAAAAUUCUCUCUUCGAUCAUUCUUGAUCAAACUUUCGAUUUCCCAACCCCUCACAACAGUUCUUCCCCGCGAUUGCAGGUGGGAGAUCACGGCUUACUUCCGCUCACUCCCUCAGGCUAGUGCAAGCAAGGAUGCGGAGAUUUGGAUCCCAACUGACACCAAACAGUGGCAACAACCUCCGUUAAUAACACCGAUCAAAUCGAUGAACAGUGAACCUCUGGGUUUGCAGUUAUACUUGGAACACCCUAGCCCAUCAGAACUGUUGUGUGGGUAAUUUGGAAUGAAUCUGAGACAUUAUGCUUCUCUAUUUGUGCCUGGUGUUGGAGACAAUUUAAUUUGAACAUAAUCAAUCUCAUCAAAUAUGGAUUGAGAAGCUGACCCCAAACUUUUGGAAUGGAAAAGCAAAAAA